AUGAAUCGGCGCGCUCGGGUACUGCUAGCUAGAGGGGUUUUGCUUGCUGCCCUCUGGCGGCCGUGCGAGGCUUGGUGGCUGGCGAUCCUUUUCUUUCUCCUCCACCAGCUGGGCGCCUGUUUCCGAAGUUCUGCUGUGGAAACCGGGGGGCUGAACCUGGGGCAAAGGUGGGGAGACCCCUCCCCAACCGCCACGCUACUCAUUGACUUGCGGACGGUAACCAGUGCAGCUUCCUCCUUCGACUUCCGGACCUUUGACCCAGAAGGGGUGAUCUUCUAUGGGGACACCAGUCCUGGCAAUGACUGGUUCGUCCUCGCGUUACGUCGGGGGAAACCCAUCAUGCAGAUCCAUAACACCCUCACCAACGUCACCGUCUCCGGAGGGCAACACCUCAACGAUGGCCAGUGGCAUCGGAUCGCGGUGAGGAACGAAGGACACUUCGUGAUGUUGUUGGUCGACGGAGACGACCAACUCACCCUAAGCCACGUCUCCCACCCGAUCGCGAACCAGCCCACCCCUCAGAUGCGCAUCGGAGUAGGCGGCUUGUUCAUCUUGCCGAACGAAUUGCUGGUCCCGCUGAACCCGGCCCUGGACGGCUGCAUCAGGCGCUGGGACUGGCUGAACACGAGCCAAGAGUGGCAAGAAGGGGCAUCCGUGCACGACCGCGACGCCAAGGCCUGUUUCACCACUGUCCAGCGCGGCAGCUUCUUCCGUGGCAAUGGAGUGGCCGUCUUUGCGCUGUCAGGCCUGCCCAGCGGUCUCAGCCCCACUGAUGGCAGUUGGCUGCUCUCCGUGCAGCUACGGAUCAGGGCCGGCCCCCAGCUGAGUUCCCUGGUGGCCGUUUUGGGGUUCAAAGAGCGCCUGGUCCUGCGCCUGGCACUACAGCACACGGAUCUGAAGGCCGAGCUAAGUAACCAGACCACCCUCCUUCUCCCUCUCCCUGAAGGGGGCUGCCUGGACAGCCCCCUCCUCCUCCACCUCACCCCUUCCUCCUUCACGCUGCGCCUGGGCGACACCGAGAUCUCCAAGCCCACCCCCAAGGCUGAGUUCGAGAGCCUGAAACAGCUCUGGCUGAGCAACAUGGGAAAGCUGGUCAUUGGGGGAGAAUCUGGAGAGGAAAAAUCUCAGGAGGGUUAUUUCUUCCAUGGCUGCCUCAGCGCGAUCCGGGUUCAAGGCCACGAACUGGACUUCGAUGAGGCUCAGUACCGGAGCGAUUCCAUCUCAGCGCACAGCUGCCCCGGAAGCGUGGAAGGCAAAGUCGAUGGAGACGAUGGGCACUAA